AUGAAGAGGUCGAGGCUCCUGAGAUGGAGCGGCACUGUACUCUCACCUCGAACGAGACCAGAACCUCUCCAAUGUCAGUUCCACCUCCAUCGACGUUUCCAAGCAACUGCCGCUGCACCCUCAGAACCCGAAAAUGAAUCUCUCCAUCAGGUCACAGAUGGACCGUACCUGUCGGAAGAAGAACUCAUGAAGCUACCCUCACCUCCGGUUGCCGCAGCGAAAACGUCUGCCAAACUAGCUGCCUUGCAUGCUCGACUCGCCCUACCUUCUCGAUUUCCCCUCGAAACUCUGGCACGAACCCUCAUUGACGACUCGGCGGAUCGCUCUAUGCGGUUCAACAACAAAGCAUUUGCUCUGCUUGGGAAUGAUUUGUUGGGUUUCUACACCUCUGAAUACAUUAUCAGUCAAUACCCAAGGUUACCACUCGCCGUCAUAUACGCGGCCAUGUACGCAUAUCAUGGUCCGGCGACGUUGACGCAGAUGACCAGAGAAUGGGGUGUGGAAGCUGCGGCGGAGCCUGGAGGGGAGGUUGACCCAGGUCUGUUGCAGUUCAAGAGAAUGCCGCCGGAACAAGCUCUUGGAGUCGGAGACGGAGCUUCAGGAUCAAGCAGCAGCAAUAGUGAUCCGAGAGCAAAAUGGACGCGGAGUUUAAGCGCCAAGUCGGUACACAACGAUCAGUUUGGUGAACUGCCAGAACGUCCAAUUCCGGCAGAGGAUUUGGCCUCGAAAGGCGUUACUCUACAACGAGCCAGCACAAACUUUGUGAGAGCGGUGAUUGGUGCAGUAUACUUGCAUGCUGGAAGAGCCGCCGCGAAGAAAUUCUACAGUGACCACUUCAUGUCUCGACAAUUGGACAUGUCGAGUCUGUUCCAGUUCAAGAACCCCACCCGAGAUUUGAGUCGACUAUGUGGAAGAGAAGGAUUCCAGGCACCUGUGGCCAAGAUUUUGAGUGAAACUGGUCGGAAGAGCAGGACCCCUGUCUUUGUGGUGGGAAUAUAUUCAGGCAGUGACCUGUUAGGAGAAGGUGCAGGGGCCAGCUUGGACGAAGCGAGAACACGAGCAGCUGUCGCAGCGCUCAAGGGGUGGUAUCUCUACAGCCCGACCGAAUUUCGACUGCCCAGCGAAAUGGAAGAGCCCGGAGCCAAACCAUGGAACCCGAUUUUGGUGGAUGCAGGCGAAGUUGUCGGCUAG